AUGGCGUGCGGAGCUACCCUGAAGAGGACCAUGGAUUUCGAUCCGCUUUUGAGUCCCGCUUCCCCUAAAAGACGAAGGUGCGUUCCCGUGUCUCCGUCGUCCUCGUCCCCUAGGAAGUAUCUGAGCAUGGAGCCCUCGCCAUUUGGGGAAUCGACGUCCAGGCUGAGCGCAGAACAAAUCCUACACAGCAUCAAACAGGAGUACAAACGCAUACAAAAAAGGAAACAUCUGGAGUCUGGAGGCUACCAGCCAUCAGACUGCUGUUGCUCUCCAGAAUCUCCUCCAUCCCAGUCCCUGUCCACCAUGUCAGCGACACCCUCCGGAGGCGCUUCCCCGCCAAGGAAGGAACAGCCGCUGUUUACUCUCAAACAAGUGGGGAUGAUCUGCGAACGCCUGCUGAAAGAACGAGAAGAGAAAGUGCGGGAGGAGUACGAGGAGACGAUGACAUCCAAACUGGCUGAACAAUACGACACCUUUGUGAAGUUCACGCACGACCAGCUAAUGCGACGAUUUGGAGAACAACCCGCCAGCUAUGUUUCCUGA